GCGCUUGCAUGGAGGAGAUUUGGUGGAGAGCGUUGUUCUUAAGGACGAAUUUGUGCAUCCAAAAACGGGACGUAAGUCACAAUGCUACGGAAUUCAUUUCCAAUCCAUGGACAGAAAUUUGACCAACAGCGAGGUCAAUGAAAUUCAUAAGUUGGUCGAGAAGGACUUGAUCGAAACCUACGGCGUCGAGAUUCGCUAGCGUGUAUAUAAAGACAGGUUCGACACCGUUCUUACAAAUAACUGCUCUAAAGACUAAACGCCACUGCUAAAUGCGGCAAGGACCGUGUGGCUUGAAGAAGGAUUGACCACGAUCGAGAUUUCAGCCAGAAAAUAACCACAUUUAUCAAUUUUACCUCUCUUGAUCGAGUACGUUCUGCAUAUAACCAACUCUGGCCUGGUGAGGCACGGAAAAAAAUCUGUUCCGUGAGACGUUGUUGUUGGUAGGCGACCAUUUCUUGCAAUAAUAUCUUAUCGUCAUGUUUGGAAUGAGACUUGUUUCGAGCUGGAAGGCUGCUCAGCCAUUUUCCAGACCUUUGACGCCCCUGCCGGCUGUUCAAAGCAUUUUCGGCACCAUCACGAAACGUUAUAAGCACGAAUAUGCACCAAGAUUCAAGCAAAUCCGUAAAGCUUUCAAAGGAAGAGUCACUGUGAGAACAGGUGGAUCUAUCAAAGGCAACUCCUUGGAGUUUGGCCUGUAUGGCUUGCGCUUGAAAAGCAACGGAAUCAGAAUGACGGCAACGCAGUUGAAAGAGGCAGAUAAGGUGAUUCAGAGAGAAAUCCGUCCCUCGGGAGCUACCUGCGUGACGAGAUUUGCAUGCAACAUUCCUGUCUGCGUGAAGGGUAACCAGACGAGAAUGGGUAAAGGUAAAGGUUCGUUCGACCACUGGGCCUGCAGAGUGCCCACAGGAAAAGUUUUGUUCGAGAUCAAAGGUGAUGUUCACGACCGUGUGGCCAGAGAAGCCAUGAGGAAAGCUGCUGACAAGUUGCCGGGGCUUUUCGAGAUCAUUGAUGCCAACUCGAAGGUGCGUGUGAGUACCACAGAUUUGAUCGACAAGCCUAGUGCUGUAAACUACGUGGAGUUAAUCAAGCAGAAGCCCACGAAAAAGUGGACCAACAUCGAAAUGUCAAAGCUUCCUGAGUUCAGAUUGUUCAGAGGCCGCUAAAAGUACACGAAGGAGUUGUGGUCGACACAGACUUGUAUAGGGGGCGUACGUGCUCCAAUAGAUCACUGGAGAAUAAGGAAAAUCGGACAUUGAACUGUGCAGCCAACUGUAGAUGACCCGAGCUGACUAUGAAAAUACUUUUGUUGGGGAAAAUGACACACUUGGCAUGCGAGUGUGUUUCGUCGUUUCAAGAGGCCUUGUGGUGAGGUUUUUGCAGGAAUUUAUCGAUAUUCGCCGAAGAUGAAACGGAAUGUAAAAAUGAAAUGGCAAUAUGAAAUCG